CUAAUUUUUCUGACGUUGUGAAAUGUCAUGUGAGAAAAGUAUAACAGGAAAGCUCUAAAAUGAAAUAUAUUAGUGCUGCGAUAAGCGUGUUUUUUGAGUAUGACACUCCACGAAUCGUUCACAUAAAAAGCAAGAAGGUUGGUGUGAUAAACCGUUUUAUUCAACUCUGUAUAAUCGGCUACGUGAUCGGGUAUGCCAUCAUUUUCAAGAAGGGUUAUCAAGACUUUGACAAUGUUCAGAGUGUGGUUACAACAAAAGUCAAGGGCAUUGUCAUGGUAGAUGAAUCAAUUCAUCCUGACAUCCAACGCAUCUGGGAUGUGGCAGACUACAUUGUACCUCCUCAGGAGAACAAUGCCUUUUUUGUAGUUACAAAUUUGAUUGUCACUCCUUUUCAAUCAAUUGGCAAAUGUCCAGAGGAUGAAUCAAUUAAAGGAUCCAAUUGCACUUCUAAUGCAGACUGUAAAAAUGGAACAGUGCUGCCAGUAGGAAAUGUUUUAUAUUUCAGACCAAAACCAGCAAUUUUGGAGAAUUCGAAAGAUUUUACAGUAUUCAUUAAAAAUAACAUAGAAUUUCCAAAAUAUAAUGUCAAAAGGCGUAAUUUACCAGACAAUGUGAGUGACGAGUAUCUACAGAACUGUAGAUACGAUGGAGGACCCAACUCGAGAUGUCCAAUUUUUACUCUUCAGUCCAUUGUAGAGGGAGCUAAUAGUGGAUCAUACCGUGAUGUAGCAGCAGAGAAUAGGCGGAGAAAUGUCUUGGGGUUUCAAUCAAAUGAAGAAUUGUCAAAAUGCCGAUACAAUCUGGAUGAUCCAGUAUUGAAGUAUUGUCCUAUUUUUGUUUUGAGUGAUAUUGUAAAUCUCGCCGGAGGUAGAUAUGAAGAAUUAGCUUCUGAGGGAGGUGUGAUUCAGGUGAAGAUUAAGUGGAACUGUAACUUGGAUUUGUCAGAAGAUAAAUGUCUACCUGAAUACAGCUUUAGGAGACUGGACAGCAGUACCUACAAAAUAUCAAAGGGAUACAACUUCAGAUAUUCCAAAAAUUUUAAAUUUGAAAAUGGAACAGAAUACAGGACACUUUAUAAAGCUUAUGGAAUAAAGUUUGUGAUUUCUGUGUCAGGACAGGGGCGGAAAUUCGCACCUGUUCCAUUUUUAACGAAUAUCGGAAGUGGUCUUGCUCUAUUGUCAAUAGCUACAGUGAUUUGUGACAUUGUAGUACUUUAUGUUCUAAAGGCCAGACAUAUUUACAAGGAGAAAAAAUACUUGGAAGUUGUUGGAGAUGAUGCAUAUAAAGGAUUCGUGAAUGAUGAUGAGAGGUCUAGGCCGAACUAUCAAUCAACAUCAGACAAUGACCUUUAAAUUUGGUGCUUUUGUCUAGGAAAUAGACUAGAUUUUAACAACUCGUACUAAAAUAAAAAUGUUGAUGUGCCAUGAAAAAGUUGGUUAUUGCAAGAAUUACAAAUUAAAGGAAUUCAAAGUUAUCAGUAAAACACAGUAAAAGUACAUGAGAGGAUUUGUUAUAUAUUCAUAUCUUCUAUGAUAAUCUACUUUUGUGUAUUUAUUUUUGUAGUUUCUAUUUUGGUGAAACUUAAUAUUUGAAAAAAAUAUGUUAAUACAAUGCUAAACUGUUCGUACAACUGUAUUUUGCAUUAUACAUUUACUUUAAAAAGCUGCAUUUUUAAUUGUAGAUAUAAAUGCUUACAGAUGAAUUACCUUUUAAAAUUGUAUUCUCUAUGCUGUUGCCCUUUUAACACAUUUUUGUCUCUAUAUUUAAGUUUAAGCUGCUAUUAAUUAACUUACAAAAAAAGCAAAGAAUAAACAAACACUUUGAUUUAGAACUACCGCUGCAUUUCAUUACCGGAAAUAUGCAUAGCAUUUCCGACAUUUUUUGUUUUCAUUUCCAGCAUAAUUUUGUUUUCAUUUCCAGAAUUUACCUGUGUGGCAAUUCAAUGUUUUCUAAGUAAGUGAAAAUGGAAUUUUAAAAGUAUUUUUAUUACAAAAUAUUGAUAAAAAUUGGA